AUGGAGACUAUAAUACACGAAGACUCUCCGCUCGCCGCCUAUCUCGAAGGAGAAGGUGGAGAGGAUACACGAUGGGCAUCAAGCCAUGAUGGGGAUGCCGAUUCUGAUUUGUCGAGUCCAUCAUUUGCUCCACGAGGGAAGCCAACCGUAUCUCUUAAAUUUCGACAUAAACUUCCUCCGCCUCUGCAGCUUACCCCUCCGCGCAACACCACUGUCGCAGCGAUACAUAAUACCUGUUCCGAAGCUGUCAAUUCACGACUUGGUCGAGCCGAUAAUGCAAAGUUCCUCGAACGAUUCCGUUAUGUCAUAGUAGCUUCACAGCUUCUCAAUACACAUUCCUUUCUUGCGCAGACAGGCCAUGGCCAAUCUCGAGAUGUUACAGGGCCUACACUUGAUGCCCCGCAAAUUGGAACCUUCACACUCUCGGGCGCCGCAGCCACAGCAACACUUGCUUUUUCUUUUACAUGGUUAAUACACUGGACACGCGGGAAUGGAACUUUUAUACGUGGGAAGAUCCGUGUAGUAAUACUAUCUAUUACCAUAGCGGUUUCUGCUAUGGUAUUAUAUACAUAUGUGCGGAAGCAGUGGCUCCAAUACCUUCGACAGCAAUCUAUCAUAGAAGCAUCGCAAUUUGUUCACAAAGCACAGCAGUUUGAUGCUGUUGCGGCAGGAGCCCUAACACUCGUUCAAGAAGUUGAACUGGUAUCUCGUGGAUAUAGACUAAGCACACCCUUGCCCCCCGUCAGUCGUCUCGAAGAUCGAAGUCAGACACGAAGAUGUCUACGACUCAGAAAGAUCCUCCGAAUUUCCUUUGCCAACAUUAUCCCUCGGUAUAUUCAAGCAUGCAACUUAUUGAAGCCCUUUGCGGAAGAGAUGGAUCUGGAUAAAUACUAUGAUGUAUACGAUAUAAGUGAUUUGGAUUAUACAGAGGCUAUGCUAGGCUACACAGAAGGCGAAUUCGAGGAUGAAGAUUCUGUCAGGGUAUUGAAGAUAUUCGCUGCUAGAUUCCACACUAUUCGAAAGAUUUUUCUUUGUUGCCUUCUUGCAUUCGAUGCGCAUGGCGGUAAACCGGAUUUUCACAGAUGGGGCCUUGCUGUUGACGAAUUACACACACUUUGCUCCGCCACUUCUGAGGCCGAGGAUAAAAUUCGUCGUAUUUUGGGUGAAGAAGAGAAUUUCCCAGUUCCAACUACUCCAAAGCUACCCCUUACUCCGGGCCGAGAACGUGCGCGGGCACAAUUACGCAAACUAAACACGCUGUCAUCUGGGAUCCGUGGACUACAAGCGAAAUUGCAUGUUUUGCGCGAGGAGUCUGAUAAAUCAUUGAACGACACAGAAGAUGUAUCGGAACUCGGUUCAAAUCUGAUGAUGCAAUACGAUUCAAUAGGCAUCGACUUGAAAGCAUUGAUGCAAGAGUGGGAAGAUGGGAAAGCUGCCUUGGCAGUGAACAUUGACAGGAACGAGAAACGUCUAUCUUCUAUGUGUGGAAUGACAUCGCCAGCAUCAUCUCUAGGAGGCCUAACAGCCGUUGAAGAGGGAACAGCCGCUGAUGCUUUGAGAGCUCUAAAUGGUGAGGGGAGAUCUCGGUCUAGCCUUGAAUUGAGUGGUUCCGAAGCAGAAGAGGUGUUUGAAGCAAUCGCGUUACCACACCAACGCAGCAAAUUGACAAGGGAAGAACGUAUUGUGAAGAUGAAGGAGGAUCGUGUGAAGAGAGAGUCUAUGAGAGACCGAGCGGAUGCCAAUACUAAAAUGCUCCGAGAACUCGAAUUCCCAAUCGUGAUGGCCACUUUUGCCACGAAAAGAAAACGCGUUUUGGAUUCAGUAUUCAAAAAGCCCGAGAUUUCAGAACCUACCCCAGUCGCAACGCCGACCGGUAGCUUUACAACACCAAGCCAACCAUUUGGAGAAUCACAAGGCUUCAAUAAUGGGCCGAAAACACCUGCUUCAAAUACGAGGAGCUCGCAACAGCUCAGAGGGCAUAACCGGGAUUCAUCUGUAGCCCAAGUUCGGGAUCAAAUCCAAUGGGAUAGAUCUUGGCAUACUGUUACUUAUCGUCUUCAACUUCCGGAUGUACCAUUGGACACGGGUUCUAUUGAGACUCUGAGACCUCUGUCGAUACUAUCUGAUCCAUCCUUUGACGACGCCUUAAAGGACGUUCUGGAUCCCGUUAACCGCCUUCCAUUUGCAUUGCAUACGGAUGAUCUCCUUGUUUGGCAUACCCAACAAGUCCGUAGACAUCUUCUCCAUCAAAUUCUGCCGGUAUUGCGACUCUGCAAUGAUGAAGAGGGUCCCCAACCUUCGGUUUUUGGCAGUGUAAAGAUAUUAGAAUUUGCUCAUCGUAUGUAUUUGCAUGGCUUGUCAGUCAUCCUCAAACAAGUUGAGCUUUUUACUCCGGGACUCUCGCGUGUGGUUUUGGAGAAAUUCCGACGGGAUCUACAUGCUAUCAUAACAAAUUCUCUCACAGAUCAAUUUAUUACAUCAUUAAGGACUGUUCUCGAAAAUCAUGUUUCUUCUAUCCUUGGAUUGCAGGGCGUAAGGGGAUCUGGUAUUGCACCUAUUGAUGCGAGGACAGAUAAAGUUUGUAACGAAAUGCUCAACCUUGUGGAGUCUCUACACAAAGUUGGUCUGGCCGGAGAAAAGUUUGAGGUGAUUUUUGCCGAAAUCAUGAACCAAUCUAUGACUGAAUAUGUCAAUCGAGGUUGCAAGGGACUGUGGUCUGCAAAUGAAAUAAAUGUGACCCCCCAAGAUGGCGAAAGAAGAAAUUCCGUACUUCCACGAACGGCACAUCACGUAUCCCCGUCCAAUUGUGUUACAGAUCUGUGCGGAUGGAUUGGAGAUCGGUAUUCUAAACUCGCUGUCCUGGUCUUUAAAGUCAUCGACAAUGUUGAAGUAGCUUGGAGCGAUAUGGAAAGGUGGAAGGAAAUGAGCAUUGGCCGUCUCGCAGCACUGAGGACGGACGAGUUAUUUGAUAUUGUUGUGAAUUGGCCAAAUAGUAAUGGAGCAUUGCACGACCUUCGAACAACAAUUACCACACCUCAGAGACGAUUACGCUUAACAGAAGCUUUUGCAGCCACUUUGAAAGAAAGGCUACUUCAUCCAGGGGCUUCCACAUUAUUGAUUCUACAGACCUACAUCUCAAUGAUUUGGUCAUUUCAUUCGCUUGAUCACUCGAAAGUGCUCUUAGAUCGUGUAGCAUAUCCGUUACAGGUAUAUCUAUGCUCACGAGAAGAUACGGUCCGAAUAAUAAUCGCAGGGUUGCUUUCGGACACUGAAGACGCGCAAGGAAAUCCUGUCGAAUCAAGUGGAGAUAGACUCAUUGAGCUAGCUCAUUUACUUAAUAAUGAUUCAGAGCAGUCUGGACAGAAAAUUGACGAUGAAGAAUUAGAUUGGCAUGACAUGGAGUGGGUACCUGAUCCUGUAGAUGCAGGACCAGGAUACAAGAGGUCCAAAAAUGCUGAUAUCAUUGGAACAUUAAUUGGGGUUUUCGGCUCACAAGAUGUUUUUAUCAGAGAGUUUCAAAACAUCAUCAGCGAAACCCUUUUGAAGAACGACGGAGCUUUCGAAAAAGAGAUCAAAGUUCUCGAACUUCUAAAAUCUCGCUUCGGGGAAGCGCCGCUCCAAAGCUGUGAAGUAAUGCUAAAAGACAUUCUCGAUUCCGUUCGCCUUGACCAAGCCAUCCACAAAGCCCAAAAUCUUAGCAUCGCAGAAAAGAAAGCUAUGCCUCUCCCAUCGACUCAUCCAACUCUCCAUACCAAAAUUCUCUCUCGUCUCUUCUGGCCUCCCCUCCAAGAAUCCACCUUUACUCUCCCUCCUCAAAUCACCAACCUCCAAUCGGACUACUCCACCGCCUUCUCCUCUCUCAAACCUUCCAGAAAACUCACCUGGCUUCCCGCACUCGGCCACACAACCGUCGAGCUCGAACUAGCCGACCGCACCGUGGUCGCAGAAUGCACAACCUGGCAAGCCACCGUAAUCUCCUGUUUCCACAGCAAAACCACGCAUCUCAAUCCCGACGAGGAAGAAGUCCCCGCGCAAAAAAGCAUCGAAGAACUCACUUCCGAACUCGACAUGGACCCCGCGCUCAUCGCCUCCGCCCUCAAAUUCUGGGUCGCAAAACUCGUGCUUCAGGAAUCCCCGCCGAAAUCGCAAGUCUACUCUGUUCUCGAAACGCUUAAUGCGUCGGAUCGUGCGCGUUCUGAUGCCCUUGCUUCGGCGCCUGUGGGUGCGGAUAAUGCUGAUGAGGAAGGAGAGGGUGGAAAGGAAGAAAAGGGUAUCGCGGGUGAAAAUGCAAAGGUGUAUUGGCAGUUUGUGCAGAGCAUGUUGACGAAUAGCUCGAGUCAGAUGGGAGCCCCGCAGAUUGCUAUGAUGUUGAAUAUGUUGAUUGCAGAGGGAUUUCCAUACAGUAACGAGGAGUUGUUAGAGUGGUUGGGUGGAAAGGUAGAAGAGGGCGUUUUGGAAUGUGUCGGGGGCCGAUAUCGUUUGAAGAAGUAG